AUGUCGACCGGCUAUCCGCCGCCGGUGCUGGCGCCGCCCGCGAUGCUGGCGCCGACGUCGAUGAUGGCGUCGCCCAUCGUCGCGCCGCCAUCAAUCGUCGCGCCGCCGACGCUGGCGACGACGCUGGCGUCGCCGCCGUCGCCCAUAGCGCGGCGGCCGCCGCCGGCGCCGCGGCGGCCGGGAAAUCCGUUCGCGGGGCUGGGCGCCGACGCGGACCCGAGGCUCGGCGCGUCGCCACGAUCAAACGAUCCCUUCGCGCCGGGCACGGACGCGAGGCCCGGUGCGCCGCCACGAUCAAACGAUCCCUUCGCGCCGGGCGCGGACGCGAGGCCCGGCGCGCCGCCACGAUCAAACGAUCCCUUCGCGCCGGGAGCGAGGCACGGCGCACCGCCACGAUCAAACGAUCCCUUCGCGCCGGGCGCGCCGCCGCGGCCGAACGACCCGUUCGCGCCGGGCGCGGACGCGACGCCCGGGGCGCCGCCGGACAAUCCGUUUGCGGGGCUGGGCGCGGACGCGAGGGCGGCGCCGCCGAGCAACCCGUUCGCGCCAGGCGGGCUGGCGGACGCCUGGACGGCAGCCGACGCGGACCUGAACUUCGGGCUCCUGCUCGGCGCCGGCGCGCCGGGCGACGCGUCGGGAGAGACAAACAACGGCGACGACGCGGCGAAGCGCCGCGAGCGCGCGCACAGCCUCAAGGAGCUGCUCGCGACGGAGCGCGUCUACCGGGACCAGCUGGCCUGCGUCGUCGAGCGGCUCCAGCGGCCGCUGGCGUGGGCGUGCGCGGGCGGGCCGGCGCCGGCCGACGCCGCGGACGCGCGCGCGCUGCCGGGCGCCGAGGUCGCGCGGGCGCUCCACGCGGCGCUGGACCCGCUGCCCGCCGCGGCGCUGCUGGCCAUCUCGGACGCGCUUAUCGCGCAGCUCGCGGCGCGGACGGCCGACGGCGGCACGGAGCGCGUCGGCGAGGUCUUCGAGGCCGCGGCGCCCAAGGUGCUCGAGGCCAUGUGCUCGUGGUACGACUGGCACGAGCGCGCGGCGUCGGAGCUGCGGCGGCUCACGGAGGCGUCGGCGGGCGCGCGCGCGUUCGUGCGGCGCGCCGAGGCCGACGAGCGGUGCGGCGACGGCCGCGCGGCCCGGCGCGGCACUCCAACGGAACGCCUACACCUUGACUCGGACCUCCCGCGCAGGCGCGGAGACGCUGCUGAUCGCGCCGACGCAGCGGCUCGCGCGGCAGCUCCUCUUCCUGAAGCGGCUGCGCGGCGCGACGGACGCGCGGCACGUCGACGCGGCCGCGCUCGCGCGCGCCGAGAAGCGCUGGCUCGCGACGCUCGACGCCUGCGACGCCGUCGCCGGCGCGUGCCCGCGAGGACACAUCACGUUCGAAGCGUAUCUCACCGGUCGGGUUCCCGCGCAGGCGCGCACGCGGCGCGCCGCCGCGCCGAGGCGCUCGCGCGGCUGCUCGACGGCGCGCCGCCGGGCUGCGCCGUCGCGGCGGCGGGCCGGCGCCUCGCGCACGAGGGCGAGCUCGCCAAGGUCGGCAACGCGACGGUGCGGCCCGACUACUUCGCGCUCUUCGAGACGAGCGCCGGCGCGGAGCUCCUGCACGCGUCCGCGCCCGACGCGCGCGGCCGCCUCGCCUUCCGGCGCUUCCUCCGCGUGCUGCACGUCGAGGACGUCGAGGUGCUCGACGGCGGCGGCGACGCGGCGCUCGGCGGCAUCGACGCCAAGAAGCUCGUCUUCGCGAAGCGCCGGUCGCUCACGGCGGCGCAGGGCGACCAGGCCCUCGACCGCGCGCUGCUGCUGCGCGUCGUCUGCGCGGACCCGCGCGACUGGAGCCGCGGCCACGUCUACUCGCUCGGCGGCGACCGCGCGGCCCUCGUCGAGUGGAAGGCCAAGCUCGCCGGCGCGCUGGGCCGGCGCGGCGCCGAGUGGAAGCUGCGCUUCAAGGGGCCGGCGACGUGCCUCGGCGAGGCGCCCGGCGCGCGCGCCGACGGCGGCGCGGCCGACGGCGCGCGCCGCGACGCGUUCCUCUGGUUCUUCUCGGGCCCGCGCGGCGCGCUGCUCGUGCGCGCGACGGCGGGCCGCCGGCGGUCCGGCAAGCUCGAGUGGCGCGACGCGUGGCGCGUCGACGGCGUCGCGGCGGCCGCGGACGGCGACGCGUUCCGCGUCGCCGCGCGCGCGCCGGGGGACGGCCGGCCCUGGACGCUGCUCUUCGCGUCCGAAGACCGCGACGUCAUCGUGGCGCUCAUGAAGAAGUAA